GAAACUUGAACGCGGAUGUUUUGUACGUGGUGUUUACAGCGAUUUUCCGUUCUAUUGUUAAACCUAGGGCUACCUAGUUUCAUUCACAAAGUCUUUCAGUUAUGUUACGUGCAGUGUCUGUGGACUUCCCUGUCACAUGGAGGUCACUAAAAGAUGUAGUGUAUAAACUCCUUCGGUGCGACUUUGUGGACAGGGAUUUGUGGAAUUCUAGUUUCGGCUAUGUAUAUAGCUUAUGUACUUCAAGUCCGGUUUCGCAUGCAUCCACUUUGUAUAAAUCUACUACAACACUCAUUAGUGAGAGGGUAGAAGAAAUAGCAUCAGAUUUGGAAGUGAUGAGUGACUCCGAUUUACUUCCUAGAUAUGUCAAGUUUUGGGAGUCAUAUCAUCGUGGACUUACAUAUCUAGAUAUCCUUUAUAGAUACAUGAACACGCAGCACGUAAAGAAUUUAAGGCCAUCAGAAGCUGAUAUGUGCUAUGGAGCGGCUCUUCCUAUGGCAGAUCAACACACUAUGGAAAUUCUGGAGGUUGGCCUUGCUUUCUGGAGACUGUAUCUAAUCGACUGUAUAAAAAGUCGAUUGUCCUCUUGCUUAAUGCGCGAAGUUCUCAACGAUAGAUUGGGAAUUUGUGGACAACAGAAUUGCAUACAACCAUGUCUGGCUUCCUUUUUAAGAGUUGGAGAAGUAAGGGAUUUUGAAAGAGCUGGAAUGGAAAUAUACAAUCAAAUAUUUCAGAAUCCUCUAAUUGACGCUACGCGGUCAUUUUACUCGCAGUGGGCCUGUCAACGAGAGUCGGAAUUAGGGUGUGCUCAAUAUGUGACCGAGGCACUAGCUUUGCGGACAGAAGAACAUAAUCGGGCUAUGCAAUAUUAUAAAUGUUCACUACUUCCAAUGCAAAAUUUGUUCCAAGAAAUAAUUGUUGAACAGCGUUUAAAUUUUCUUAAUAUGAACGUUCGCUAUGUUAUUGCUGAAGAGGAUAAAUCAAAUUUAAGAAAUCUUUUUCGGUUGCUAUCUCCGAAUAAUCUUUGUAACGAACUAUUACAUUGUUUUGGUGAACAUGUCCGAACCAGUAUUUUAGAAGCUAUUUCCAACCUUCCAAAAGACUCUUCAUUAACACAGGUUCAUUUUAUUGAGAGUCUCUUAAAUCUCCGAAGUAGAUUUUUGGAGUAUAUUGAUGAUGUUUUCGAUGGGAAGACUGCUUUCCGUAAUCAAAUGGAUAAAGCCUUUAAUUUGGCCGUGAAUGGUCGUGUACCGUCUUCAAGUAUUCUAGCUACAACAUCUAAGCAGACUAAUUACAGACCAUCUGAACUGUUAUGUCGAUACAUGGAUUCCUUAUUACGUAAAUCCGUCAAAACUAUGACUAUUUCAGAAAUUGAAACUAAGCUGACAGCGUCAAUCGCUAUUUUCAAGUAUAUUGAUGAUAAAGAUCUUUUCCAAAAGUAUUAUCAACGUAUGCUGUGCAAAAGACUGGUGUUCAAUUAUUCUUCUAUACUUGAACUCGAAGAAUCUGUGAUUAAUCAGCUAAAAACUGUGUGUGGAUAUGAAUUUACUUCAAAGUUUCAGCGUAUGUUUAAUGAUGUUCAACUUAGUCCUGAGUUAAAUCGGAAGUUUACUGAAUACUUACAAUCAAAAGAUAUACGUUUUACAUUUGGUCAUCAUUUUCAUGUUUUGACGGUAAGUAAACUAAAUUUCAUGUUAAUAGUUUUAAUUUUAAAUAAUAUAUCAUACAAUAUCGUUUCUUUUUAAAAAAGAUAUAUUGAUAGAGUAACGCAACUGACUAAGGUUUAGAAGUAUACGGGUUUAUCUUGAGCCAACAAAGAGGGAAAUACAAAGUCUUGAGUUAAUAGUGGAGAUAUUCAAGGAACUGACAAAUUUUCCGUUAUUGUAAAAUCAAUAUGUACGAGUUUUGUUAAAAAUUCCAUUGGAAUCAUGAACCAAUCAUUGCUUUGUUAAAAAGAUAAAUCUUUAACCAUCCAAUAUCCAUGUUUAGAAUAAUCUAAACACUCUGACUAACUCAUAUGCAAACGACGCUUCGCAACAAAUCCAAAAGUUGCUAAAAACGUAUUUGAUCUCCGUAUAAAAUCGAUUGUUUUUACGUCCAAAACUAUUACAGGAUACAUUUUGUUUCCAAGUCAUUCUUGUUAUCAGUCGCGUUGAGUGUAAUGCAUUGUUCAGAGAGUACUAGACAGGGAGGAACACAUGAUGACGCAAUUAUCUGAACUAGUAUACUCAGAUACGUCCUCAUCCACUUAUGUUCUAGUCAAUAGCAAAUCUGAUAUUUAAAAUAUAACUAACCUACUUACUCCUGACAAUUAGUUCAAUUAUUCCGCACAAUAGCACAAGAAACUGGUUGCUUAAUAUUUCAUGUGUUCAAACGAUAAUCGGACCAGAUCAUACAAUCAACGUAUAUGAUCAUGUACAGCUAGUUAUUUAUCUACCUUUGUAAUUUUACUACUAAGUAAAAAAAAUUUAUUCAGUCACUCCAAUGCCUUCCAAGUUGUUUCAAUUAAGAAAUAUUUCAUCUCUCAAAAUCUUCCACAAAAACAUCCAACUCCAUGAUAUGUUUUUAAUGACUCCGAUAACCAAAGUUUUAUUGAAUAACAUGAUACAAAAUGGCAACACAAUUCUCAUUGUAACACAUUAUUGAAAACAGUACUCAGUGAACUUUUCCGUGAUGUUUUAUCUUGAUGAUUGGGGAAAGAGAAUUAUCGGUUAUGAUAAGGCGAAUCCGGGGUUAGGGAGAAGGUUUGAGUCUGUUCAGUAACUAGCGAUUGCAAUAACUUUAUUAUAUUCCAAUCAUAUUAGAGUUUUUGAAUAUGAAGUGUACACAAAUGUUUCAUUUAUAAAAUCUCAAUUAUUAAUAUUAGAUUUUUAAUUAAAAUUUUCACCAUCGUGGGAAGUCAGGGACUGGAUAAAAUAUUUUCGUAACUAAUAUACAUUCAACUGACUGAACACAACUUAUAGUCAGUUAGUUGUAAAUUGACUAAACUUCAUAUUAAAUCACUUGGGCUGUGACUAAUCUCCUACAGGACUGAGAUAUUCCAUUUAGCGUAAACUUGUUUUAACACAUCCUAAUGAUCAGAUUUAUUUUUUCAUAUGAAAUAAACCAAUAUUUUCACCGUAUGUAUGAAUAUACUUGAUAUAAUCCCAAAUUUACAUUUUUCCUAAUCAGUUUUGGUGUGAGCAGCUUGACUGUUGUCUAGAGACUUGUAAGUACAAGACAAAGAGUACAAGCAAAUAAAAUAUUCUUCAACUUCUGCUAUACUAGCAAUGCUCAUGGCCAAUUUCACUUAGUGGUGUUACUGAUUUUUUACUCCCACUCGAAUUGUAUACAUGUACUUACCAUUUUGAAGAAUUCUAUACAGCUGCUCAUCAAGGAAGAAAAAUGAGAUGGGCACAUAGUUAUUCAACAGUAGAAAUUCAAGUGCUUUUCACUGAUAAAGCUUAUCAAAUACAAGCGCCUGCUAUUAAUGCUGCUGUCCUACUAUUUUUUGAUCAUAUGGACUCAGAUCGUAUCAAAGUGAAAGAUCUACAUUUCGGAUUACAGCUAGCUGUAUCUGAAGGUCGAUCAACUAUAUGUAAUGAGAAUAGGUCUACAUCUAAACAAAGUGUUCCAGUCACUGACUCUUCAAUUACUAGUAAAAUGGAAACUUGUUCACAAGACGUGUUGGAUUCUUCAUGUGAACUGGAUCUUAUUCAACGACUUUUGACACCACUAAUCGAGUUGAACAUAAUAUAUGUUGAAGCAACUGAAGGGCAAAGUAAUAAUUCAUUGGGUAACAUCGUGACAAUGGAUAGCGUUAUAGCCCUAAAUCGUUCGUUUACAAGCAAACGUCUAAAGCUAAGGGUGAAUUUCGGCUCACAAGGAAAAGAAUCAAACCAGGUCAGUUACUUACGAAUGUGUAUGGUUUCACCUAAAUUUACAUAAUUAUUAACCUGACUAUAAUUAAAGUGGUGAAGUAAAAGAUAGGUGACCCAGGCGUUUUGCAUGUUGAUAGGAAAAUUGUCUUUGCAUUAAACUAAGUUCUGUUACAAAAUCCCUGAAAUAAUAUAUCUAUGAUGAUGAGUAAACCAAACGAAGACCAGCUUUUGAUCAUGUAACCGUAACAGGAAACAGAUUAGCGGUUUGACUUUUGAGAAUAUUAUAAUGUCUAAACGGAUAUUAACAAAUAAUUUAGGAAUUUAUAUAUCCAUUAAUAACCAGCGCCAUAUUUGUGAAAUCUCUUCGUAUCAAUCACAUAUGAUACUAAGACUAGUAUUUCCUUUACAAAAAGGUAUAGAACGAUCACUUUGUGUUAACAACACUUCCCAUACCGUUUACAUCACAAACUGAUCCUAGGAAACCACUAAAAAUUUGUUUCGUUCUAGUAUGGGACUCGUAGGCAACGCACACUCACAACUCCGCUGCAAGUCGAACCCAGGAUCUUCAGUUCUCGCAGCAAGAACUUAAGUUUUUGAUCAUUGAGCUGGCAUCCAACAGCUCACAUUGACUAACUUCAGUCAUUUAAGACACUGGUUGCGACAAUAGUGAUGCACUUAGUUUCCUUUCAUCCAUUCCCAUCAACCAGAUGUCCAACUCAUUUUACUUCUCCUAUGAAUUCCGUUUGCAGUUUCGAGACAAGUAACAAAUCAAUCUAGUGCAUUGUUUUGGUAACUUUUACGUAGUUUGUUAUAAGACACAUUAAAUUAAGCACAAGUUUGUAAUACUAGUUAAUUCAGAAAGUGUGAAGUUGACUGAGCCUCUUAAAACCAUCGUUCCUAAGCAGAUCUAAAUUUGUUUUAUUGCCUACUUUGCAGUCGGAAGCUGAUCAGGUUGAUCGUCAAGUGAACGAGGAUCGGCGCUACUUCAUACAAGCGGCUAUUGUGCGGAUUUUAAAAGCUCGAAGACAGAUAAAACAUGCACAGCUUAUUGAAACUAUUUUACAACAGGCAUCUAACCGCUUCCAACCACCGAUACCACUAAUUAAGCGUUGUAUUGAAGGUCUAAUAGAUACUGGCUAUCUUGAACGAAAUCCAGAUGAUCCUGAUCAAUACAGUUAUCUUGCAUAAUUCCAACUGUUUUAUUUUUAAUAAAUUAAAAAAUUAUUGGGUUGCUGUAAAUAUCAAUAACAUACUAUAAGGGAUUAAAUUGCUCCUGUUUU